AUGUCCGAAGCUCGUCAAACGACAUUGCCUCCCCACGCGCCGCCGACCGAGAGUACAAGGACCGGAGUGUACCAUCCUACGCUUCUUGAAAUACAAGGGGAUUCGAUUUCUGCAACAGCCCGGCAAUAUUGGCAGACAAAAGAUUCUGCUUCUAGGGAAUGGGAUCCGAAAAUUGUUGAGAGGAUUUAUCGUCAGGAAUUAGAACAAAAUCGGUUUGAAACUAAAAAACUGAUGUUGCUCGAGUUUAGUCAAUAUUUAGAAAAGAAAGAACGGCUGCGAUUUCAAAGAACUUGGAUCAGCAAUUACAUGAAAGGAUUUGUGGAGGUCUUGUAUUCGAUACCGGAAGCUGAGGACGUGGAUCAGGAUAAAGUCGCGUAUUGUGAACGUUUCCUAGAAUUCUUAAUUGAUCUUGAAGCCCAACUUCCGACGCGGAGAUAUUUUAAUACACUUCUCGAAGACCACCAAAUAUUAGUCUUAUGUAAAUUAUCACCGUUCGUUAGGCGUAAAGAAGGAAGCGAGCUAUUCAAAAAGUUGUUGGAUAUAUUGAAGUUUUAUGUUGGAUUUGAAAUUCACGAUCACACUGGGCUAGCAUUAACGGAUGAUGAGAUGACGGAGCUACACUGUAAGAAGUUGACAGCGUUGCAGCGCAUCGCGUUUCAACAUUUCAAAGAUUCCCUGCAGUUGUUGGCUCUGUCGAACCUAUCUUCCAUCGAAAACCGUGAAGAUUUAAUAAGUCAUUUUGGCCCUCUCGAUAUUAAAGAAAUCAUACGCCUAUGCGAACUCCUAAAUAUAAGGUACAACAGGUUGGGUGAUGAUGGUGUAUAUGACAAGGAAUUCUUGCUAGAGGUCCUGAUCGGAAAAUUCGAGAAGAGAGUGAGUCAGAUUGAUGCAAUUAACUCUCUUCCUUUAUAUCCUGAUGAGAAUACACUAUUUGAUGAAGCAGUCGUGACAACUCAAUUUUACUCUGGUGAUGCACCGCUGGCGCUUCCAAAGCUUAACUUACAAUUUCUCACCAUUCACGAUUAUUUAUUGAGAAAUUUUAACUUAUUUCGUCUCGAAAGCACCUAUGAAAUUCGUCAAGACAUUGAAGACGUGGUCAAGCGUUUGGCUCCGAGAAUAACCUACCCUUCUGGUAAAACGGAAUUUACAGGCAUCGUGGAAAUUUCUAAACCGAAUCUUGGUGAAAACAAACCAUCACAAGUUAAGGCAGACGUGACUUACGAUCUUGGUCGAUAUACGGAUUCUAUUCGGAACGAAUGGGAUUCUUUGAGACAACAUGAUGUAUUGUUUCUGCUAACGAUUCAAGCCCACGACAGUACAGCUGAUAAGUACAAAGAUGAUAUGCCUUUCAGACCACAUUUUGGCUUAAAAUAUGUCAGAGGGGUUGAAGUGAGCGAUAUCAUUGGUGAUGAUGGAAAACCCAUUGACGAGAUAGGCAAACCACGGGUGGAUGAUCGUAGGCCCAAGAUUUCUGGAAAUACAAGGACUCUCCGUGUACUAUUGGACACAAACCAAUUCAAAAUGGAUAUGGAUAGGUAUUCUCGCGUGAAAGACGAAGAUGUAUACGAGACUUUUAACGUUUUGAUGAGGAGGAAGCCAAAGGCAAGCACCUGUGCUGUCGACGCAUUUUUAGCUGUGCUAGAAACUAUUAGAGAUUUGAUGCAGAGUGAAUUGGUGGUUCCCGAAUGGCUACACAACGUUUUCCUAGGUUAUGGUUUCCCCGACAGCGCACAUUACACUAUGAUGCCAAAUUUACCUAAAGAGAUAGAUUUUCGGGAUACCUUUUUGGAUUACGAUCAUCUUGUUAGCAGUUUUCCCGGAAAGGAAGUGUUGCCAGAGAAAGAAUAUAAAGCACCCAUCCCACCACCCUAUAUUCUUCGAUUUCCGGAGGCUUCGAAAGAAAAGAAUGACGAAAAUUCCGAAAGGAUCACUGUACGAACAUACACCAUGCCGAAUAUGGGUCCUUAUCCAUUCAAUAUACCAAGAAGAAACUCUGUUAGGUUUACACCUAGGCAAGUGGAAGCCAUUAAAUCCGGAGUAAAUCCCGGUUUGACCAUGGUAGUCGGUCCUCCGGGUACUGGUAAAACCGACGUGGCAGUUCAAGUUAUUGCCAAUCUUUAUCAUAAUUUCCCUGACCAACACACAUUGUUGGUCACUCAUAGUAACCAGGCACUUAACCAAUUAUUCGAAAAGAUUUUGGCGCUUGAUGUCGACGAGCGUCACUUGCUUCGUUUAGGUCAUGGCGAAGAGGAAUUAAACACUGAAUUGAGCUUUAGCAAAUAUGGUCGUGUUAAUUCGUUUUUGGAGAGACGACUCACCUUGUUGGAAGAAGUAGAUCGCUUAGCUAGAUCGUUGGAAAUUGGUGGGGAACACGGGUAUACCUGUGAAACCGCCGGUUACUUUUACCUAUACCAUGUCCUGUCAAGAUGGGAACCUUACAUUGAUAAGUGUCGUCAAGGAUCAACUAACGGCAAUGUUGAAGUCGAAACAAUUCGCAAUGAAUUCCCUUUCACGAAUUAUUUCUCGGAUGCUCCUCAACCUCUCUUCUCGGAAGACGCUAGUUAUGCUGAAACACUCGAGAUCAUUGAAGGGUGCUUUCGGCACAUCGAAAAGACUUUCACUGAAUUAGAAGAGAUACGUGGGUUCGAGCUAUUGCGAACGAGCUACGACCGAGCAAAUUACUUGUUAACCAAAGAGGCCAAAAUAAUUGCUAUGACUUGUACACAUGCUGCUCUUAAGAGACGCGAACUGGUUUCACUGGGAUUCAAAUAUGAUAAUGUAUUGAUGGAAGAAGCAGCACAAAUUUUGGAAGUCGAGACAUUUAUACCAUUGCUGCUUCAAGAAACCGAAGACGGAAGAAGCCGACUGAAGAGAGUCAUCAUGAUCGGUGAUCAUAAUCAGUUACCACCAGUUGUCAAGAAUAUGGCAUUUCAGCAGUAUGGUAACAUGGAACAAAGCUUGUUCACAAGAUUUGUUAGAUUGGGAGUUCCAACCAUUGAUUUAGAUGCUCAGAUUCCAUCUCAUCUUCGAAAGUAUUUUCUCCUCCGGGCAUCCGAAGUUGUCGCUUCCGAAAUCACCGCCGCCGACCCCCCUCACUAUCCUCAUUCCAAUCGGCCAAAAAACGCGGUCACCCCACAGAAACUUCUCUCACAGAAAAAAACACAGAUCGAGGAAUUGGAAAAGAUGAAGUCGGAGAAUAUCAAGGAAUUAGAAAGGCAAUUGCAUGCAACGCUUUUUGUGAAAUUUCAGACAUUUGAUUCAUUACUUGCAGUUUUCAUAACCUUGGAUAAGUCGGCCAGAUCACAACCUAUACAAAAGCAUGUACAUCAAUUUGCAUCGAUCAUUUUUGCGCUCUCAAGCUAA